UGUGUUGAACAAAUUGCAAACAAAUGAAAUGGCAGCUGCAGAGAGCAUUCCCAACAGAGCUUCGAGAUGGUCCCUUAACGGAAUGACUGCACUCGUCACCGGUGGAACUCGUGGGAUUGGGCAUGCCAUAGUGGAGGAGUUAUGUGGGUUUGGUGCCACUGUCCACACUUGUUCCAGAAACCAAGCAGAGGUAAAUAAGUGCUUAGAUGAAUGGCGGAAAAAGGGCUUUUUGGUUUCUGGGUCAGUGUGUGAUGUGUCAUCUCAAGUCCACAGAGAGAAACUCAUUCAAGAAGUGACCUCCAUCUUCAAUGGCAAGCUUAACAUAUAUGUGAACAAUGUUGGAGCAAACUUUAGGAAACCAACUAUUGAGUACACUGCUGAAGACUACUCAGAAAUUAUGGCAAUCAAUUUAGACUCUGCAUACCAUCUGUGCCAACUAUCACACCCUCUUCUAAAAGCAUCUGGAAUGGGAAGCAUUGUAUUCAUUUCUUCUAUUGCUGGCGUGGUGAGCUUAGGUACUGGAUCUGUCUAUGCAGCAAGUAAAGCUGCAAUAAAUCAGCUUACAAAAAAUCUGGCAUGUGAAUGGGCAAAAGACAGCAUAAGGAGCAAUUGUGUUGUUCCUGCGACUACCAAUACUCCACUUGUGGAACAGGUAAUGUUCUUGCUUCCUAUUUUUAUUGGAUAUGUAGAUGAAAUGUUGUCUCGAACUCCUCUUCGACGAAUCGCAGAAGCUCAAGAAAUUUCAUCCUUGGUGGCUUUCCUUUGUCUGCCUGCUGCCUCUUAUAUCACAGGACAAGUUAUAUCUGUUGAUGGCGGAUUAACAGUCAAUGGAUUUCAACCUAGCAUCAGAAUAACAUGACAUUCAUGUACUUCUCAAUUUAUUGUCAAUCAUCUUUGGAAUAAAGAAUUUUCAUUAUUUCAUUUCAUUCCUUGUGGUUUUGCUUUGCACAGACCAUCAUGGAACAGGUUAUUUCUGUUGAUGGAGAACAAACAGUUGAUGUAUUUC